CCCGCCCUCCCGCCGUAUCUGUUACAUUCUUUCGCACUUUGAAGCAAAUAUACUUUGUAUCAGUUUCGUUCUAUUGAAUGCUUCCGCUCUUCUGAUAUCUGCGCUUCAUAUCGGCAUAAGUACAUAAUUGGGUUAUUUAUCUAUUUAAUGUAUGUGCUCCUGAAGAUCAGGAGGAAGGAGAAGCAUCUUCGUCACUUUGUUCCCGUCAUCAGGGCAUCAGGGCAUCAGUGCACCAGUAACAGCGGUAAACAGCAGAAAUGGCUGAAGCCCAUCAGGCCGUGGCGUUUCAGUUCACUAUAACUCCAGAGGGGAUUGAUCUGCAGCUAUCCCAUCAGGCCCUGAGACAGGUUUAUCUGUCAGGUCUUCGCUCGUGGAAGAAACGUGUUGUUCGGCUGAAGAACAACGUGAUCACCGGCGUGUAUCCUGCUAGUCCGUCCUCGUGGCUGUUUGUUGUCAUCGCGAUCCUGGCCACCAUGUACACGCGCUCUGACCCCUCCAUGGGACUGAUCGCUAAAAUCCAGGAACAUCUGCCCGUCAGUGAUUCUCUGAGCGUUCAGUGCCGGACGAUGGUGUCGGCUGUGUUGUUCAGUACGCUCCUCUGGUUGUCUCUUAUCUUCACCAUGAGACUUUGUCUGAAGCAGUUACUGUCUUAUCACGGCUGGAUGUUCGAGCAACAUGGGAAUGUGUCCACCACCACCAAAAUCUGGGCGGGUAUGGUUCGGAUCUUCUCCGGCAGACAGCCUCUGUUGUACAGCUACCAGGGGUCUCUACCCAACCUGCCCGUACCAGCGGUGAAGGACACCGUUAACAGGUAUCUGGAAUCUGUGCGUCCGCUGAUGAAUGAUUCUGAAUAUGAGAGGAUGACAAAUCUAGCCAAAGAGUUCGAGGGCAGUCUGGGGAACCGUCUGCAGUGGUAUCUCAAACUCAAAGCCAUGUGGGCUUCCAACUACGUCAGCGAUUGGUGGGAGGAGUAUGUCUACCUGAGGGGCCGUGGCCCAAUUAUGGUCAAUAGCAACUACUAUGGAAUGGACUUCCUCUACGUGACGCCGACACCCAUUCAAGCAGCACGGGCAGGCAACACGCUUCACGCUUGCCUCUUGUACCGAAGGAAACUCAACCGAGAGGAAAUCAAACCUAGUCGUGUUCCAGGUUUAAAUGUUCCUCUGUGUGCAGCUCAGUGUGAGAGGAUCUUCAACACCACACGGAUUCCAGGGGAAGAGACGGAUUCUCUGGUCCACUGGCAGGACAGCGAGUAUGUGGCUGUGUUUCACAGAGGUCGUUAUUUCCGCCUGUGGCUGUAUCACGCCGGCCGUAUGUUGUCACCGAGAGAGAUCGAACACCAGGUUCAGAGUAUCCUCGAUGACCCGUCACCCCCUGCGCCGGGAGAGGCCAAGCUCGCUGCUCUGACCGCGGGAGACAGAAUCCCUUGGGCUCAGGCCAGAAAGGACUUUUUUAGUGCGGGGGUGAACAAGAGAUCUCUGGACUGCAUUGAGAAAGCUGCGUUCUUUGUUGCCCUCGACGACGAUGAGCAAGGCAUGAUGGGAGACGACCCAGCUGGGAAUUUGGAUCGCUAUGCAAAGUCUCUGUUUCACGGCAAGUGCUACGACAGGUGGUUUGAUAAGUCUUUCACUGUGGUGCUCUAUAAGAACGGAAAGAAUGGACUGAACGCUGAGCACUCGUGGGCAGACGCACCUGUAAUGGCUCACCUGUGGGAGUAUGUGAUGACAACUGACUGCUUCCAGUUGGGUUAUAAUGAAGAAGGCCACUGUAAAGGAGAUGUUGACUCGUCGCUGCCGCGUCCUCAGAGACUCAGCUGGGAUAUAUCUGCAGAGUGUCAGGAGCGUGUGGAGAGGUCUCUCGCUGUGGCACAGGCGCUGGCCGAUGAUAUUGACUUUCACGUGUACCCAAUACAAGAAUUUGGCAAGGGCGCCAUCAAGAAGUGUAAAAUCAGUCCUGAUGCCUUCAUUCAGAUCGCUUUACAGCUGGCCUAUUACAGGAAUAGAGGAACGUUCACUCUGACAUACGAAGCGUCAAUGACGCGAUUGUUCCGCGAGGGCCGUACCGAAACCGUCCGUUCCUGCACCAGCGAGAGCUAUGCGUUUGUCAAAGCACUCGAAAGCGGAGAGAGUAAGGAGGUGUGCCGACACCUGUUCCGCGCGGCGGCCGAGAGACACCAGAACCUCUACAGGAUGGCCAUGACGGGCGCGGGCAUUGACCGACACCUGCUCUGCCUCUACAUCGUCUCCAAAUACCUGGGAGAAGAGUCGCCGUUCCUCAAGGAGGUGCUCUCCGACACCUGGCGUCUCUCCACCAGUCAGACUCCUCUCCAGCAGGUGGAGCUGUUCGAUUUCGUCAAUCACCCAGACUACACCACCUGCGGCGGAGGAUUUGGUCCAGUGGCGGAUGAUGGAUACGGCGUGUCUUACAUCAUCAUCGGAGAAAACAUGAUCAACCUCCACAUUUCCAGCAAAUUCUCUUGCCCUCAGACUGACUCUCAUAAGUUUGGAGCUCAGAUUGUCCAGGCCAUGAAAGACCUCCUGAUGUUGAUGUCACCAGAAAAAACAGACGGGUCCAAAACUGAGAACCACUUUCAGAAUAAAAAACACCUGUAGAGGUGCAAAAGGUUCACUGCAACGGCCAAAAGCAGAAGGUCACAUAGAAAACUGAGUGUGUGUGUGCGAGUUCGUGUGUGCGCGUGUUUGUGUGUGUGCGUGCGUGCGUGCGUGCGUGCAUGCGUGUGUGCUUGUAUGAUUGUUGAAUGCAUCUUUAGGUCAUACACAUGUGCGUUCGUACAUUCCAUGCUUGUAUAAAAUGCAGCGAUGUCAUGAAGCCAUGAACAACAUGAAGAAUGUAUCAGUGGUGGAAGUCGCUUUGUCAUAAAAAUAGAAAGAAGUGAGAGAGAGUUUGAUAGUGGAGCGAGAGGAUUCUCAGCGUUUCCCUGGAUGAUCACUUACAUUCACUUGCUUCUAAUGUUUAGAGUUUAUGAAGAUUUAAAAUGAUUUAGUAGAAUGAUGAUGAUGAUGAUGAUGGAUGUCUAAUAAUCGAACCGUUAGCGUAUCUGAGAUCACAGCACUGCAUCACCUCUGGAUCUUCUGAUGAAGACACUUAAAACUGCUCUCACAGCACUCACGAUCACAUCCAGAUGGACAUUCUGCAUUUAAACAGGUUAUGUGAAGCUUGAAAAGUGAUUUAUGACUCAGAAGACCUCACGUGACUGCAGUGAAUGUUAUCGUCCAGAGACUGUAUAUUGAUUAUUGUGGCAUGUUGAUCUCACUGAAGUCCAAGUCAUUUUAAGUGUUUUUAUUAUUAUUUAAAAAUGCUGCUAACACCAUAACUUUAUACUCAUUCACAAGGUGUUUAGUCAGUCUUAGUUGGUUUUGAAACAGUUUGAGAAUGGCAUUAUAAGAGAAACAUCUCAAGCUUAUUAACGUGUCGGCUCAAGUGUGAGCUCUAGUUGCUGUUUACUGUGGUACAAUAAUAUUCUGAAGGUAGCUUCCUAAAGAGGAAAGAUUGUAAACUAAUAAAAUGAUCGAUUUUAAGUCUUAACCCAGAAAAUAUUGGUGUGCAGGGACCAAAAUAUUGGUGUGAGAUCGGAGACCUGUAAUGAUUUAAAUGUUCUAACAGCACCUCGAGCACUCAUGUUUUGUGAAGGACAUCUAGUUGAUGACAAUAAAAUUACAAUCAUCAACAGCUGGCAUUACACAAUCUUCAUCAAUCUGCGUUUAAUGACACAUCUGUUCUUACCGUGAUUCUGCUGCUGACCAAUAGUGUUUCUUUCAUGAGAGAAAAAUGAAGAAACAUCAAACCUUCCCCAAUAUUCAGUUUGGAUUUACUCUGUUUUCACCAGCGUUUUCUUUGGCAGCUGAACCUUGUUUCUGUGGUAUUUGUUAAACUCAGUUUUAUUGUCAUAUUCAGCCGUUGUUUCCUUUAUAAAGUUGAAAAAUGAGUUCUUCGAUACGUGCAUUGUGAAACUGUUGGUAUGUCUUAUAUCUUACCACUGCUUUUACACUGUAUAAUCUACUUGAGUUUAAACCUCACUGAUGAUUUUAUUGUUGUUGUUCAUAACUAUAAUUAUUAUUAUUAUAAAUAUUAUUGCUCUUCUAAUAAUACAUGUGAAGCUGAAAACAGUAGCAAUGCAAGAGUUUGUGUAGUGUUGAUGUUAGUGUGAAAAGAGGAAUAUUUGAGCUCAUCUGUCUUCUGAAUGAAUGUUCUGGGCCAGUACUGUAUUCUCUCUCGCUCGUCUUUUCCUCAUAUUUAAGCUCAUUGUUUGCUUGAAGAUCACUGCAAAGCUUUACUCUCUUUCUCUGGCAAUCUGUCGCUCUUUUACAUUUGAUAUCUGAAUAUUGGAAGGGAAAAGACGAGUUCACUUUUUUAUUAAAAUGGUCAAGCACA